CAAAAGAUAUAUUUAAGGGAAAGAAGUAAUGGCUGAUGAAACAACUCCUUUGACUACUGGAAUUCCCCCAGCCCCGCCCACAAUGCCCGGUCCGGUUUAUGUGUUUCCUGGUGGAGUAUCACCAAGAUCACGUCGCCAAAAAAUGCAUCAAUUUCAAUGGUGUUUGGGUUUACUAUUUUUAAUUAUACUCAUUGCUGCAUUGGUACUUGUUUUAGUACUCAAUGACAGAUACUCAACACCCUAUGUUUUCCUGGCGACAAAUUCCACAUCAUCGCGGAACCACUCAAUAUCCACUGCAAAUGACACACUGGAACGAUUGGAGUCGAUAACAUCACCAAUACCCGACGAACCUGAAAGUGAGUGGGCUUUACGGAAACUACAUUUGAAUCAGUCGGUUAGCGAUUGGGCUAUCGGAGAGGGCAUUAAAGCUUUGGGUGAUCGGGAGUUAUUAGAGGAGGGUCUGGAGCCAACACCGGUCAAUUCGCCGGCAUUUCGUCAUUAUCGUUCGUUAAGCACCAAUCCGCAGUCGAGAAAAUUGGCACGCAGAGGUUUCGUCGAGAAUUCGGCAACGUUGAGCAUUGCCCGAAGAUUUAACUAUACCAAGCGACCUGGUAGGUCAGAUAUUGGCCGUGGUCCCAAAAUUAUCUUGCCGGAUCCCACAUCAAAUAUCAAAUGUGAUUUUAAUGCCAAAUAUCGUCGGCCAAGUGGAAUCUGCAAUAAUAAAAAUCAUCCACGACAUUAUGGUGCCUCGUUGAUAUCCUAUCGCCGAAUGGUUAAUCCAGAUUAUGAGGAUGGCAUAGGCCUGCCAAGAGGAGUACAACACAAUGGAACGACCCGCCUGCCACCAGCCCGAGAAGUAUCCGCCAAAAUAUAUCGCUCGUCGUAUGAAACAGAUUCGAAUUUCACCGUUAUGUUGGCAGUAUUCGGACAAUUCUUGGAUCACGACAUUACGGCCACAUCACUGACCUCCUCGCAGGAGGGAGAGUCGAUUAAUUGCUGUAUUACGAAUUUCAACAGUACUGUGCAUCCGGAAUGUUUUCCGGUGACAGUCUUGCGAGAUGAUAUUUAUUAUUCGAAAUAUAAUUUGACGUGUAUGAACUUUGUGCGAUCAGCUCCCUCCCCAACGGGUCAUUUUGGGCCAAGACAACAGCUUAACCAGGCCACAUCGUUUAUUGACGGAUCUGUGGUUUAUGGUAAUUCCGAUUUACGGCAAAAUAAUUUAAGGGCCAUGGUCAAUGGUACUCUAAGAAUGUACAUGACGGCUGAUGGUCGGGAAUUGUUGCCGAUCUCCACAAAUUUGGAAGACGGCUGUAAUCGGGCCAGUAAAAUCCGUCAGGGAAGAUACUGUUUUGAAUCUGGCGAUGAUCGAGCCAAUGAAAACUUACUUCUGACCUCAAUGCAUUUGUUGUGGGCCCGACACCAUAACUACUUGGCCCAAGGCUUGCAAAAUGAAAAUCCCAAUUGGAAUGAUGAGAUGCUGUUUCAGGAGAGUCGUCGGAUAUUGGCUGCACAAAUGGCUCACAUAACCUAUAAUGAAUUCUUACCUAUUCUAUUGGGUAGGGAGUUGGCGGAGAAGAAAGGUUUACUGCCACAAAUGGACGAUCUGGAUGCUCCCGAUGCCUAUGACCGAAAUGUCAAUCCUUCCAUAGCCAAUGGUUUUGCCGCUGCUGCGUUCCGUUUUGCCCACACGCUGUUACCGGGUCUCUUCAACAUCACCAAGAAUUACAGUGACCCAGAAUCAAUUGAACUGCACAAAAUGCUUUUCAAUCCUUUUUCUUUGUGGUCCAAUGGUGGCAUUGAUCGAGCAAUGCUCGUAGCCAGUAAUACUCCAGUUCAACGAGUCGAUCGUUUCUUCUCAACGGAAAUGUCUCAAAAACUAUUCGAAGGUACAUCGGAGGAUACGGUACCAAUAUGUGGUUUGGAUUUGGUCUCAUUGAAUAUACAACGUGGUCGGGAUCAUGGUCUACCAUCAUAUCCUGUCUAUCGGAAACAUUGCAAUCUACCGCCAGUCGAUACCUGGAAACAAAUGGCCGAUGCUGUGGAUUCAGAUUCGUUGGCUUCCAUAAAGGGAAUUUAUGCUUCCCCUCACGAUGUUGAUGUGUAUACGGGUGCGCUAAGUGAACCCCCAUUGGAAGGAGCAAUAUUUGGUCCACUAUUAGCUUGCAUGGUGUCUGAUCAGUUUUUGCGCUUAAAACAGGGCGAUUCAUUUUGGUACGAACGAAAGGUCGGGCCGCAGCGUUUUACGAAAGACCAACUACGUGCCAUCUACAAUACGACGCUAUCGCAAAUCAUAUGCCGUAAUUCGGAUGGUAUCGAAGAGAUUCGUAAAUAUGUUAUGGAACAUCGCAAAGAUGAACCAAAUCUAUUGAUACCUUGUAAGGAUUUGAAAGAUUUCGACUUUAGUCCAUGGAAUGAAAGCGAACAACCGGCCAAAUGGCAUUCGGCUCAUUUUAGUUCAUCUCUGACCGCAGUACGAGUUUUGACACCCGAAUCAAAUGUAACGAUAGAAGCGAACGAUUCGUUGUCGUUAGCUACAGAUUUAAAUAAGCCCACUUAGAAGUAAUUUAUGUUUUUGUGGUUUUGGGAAGUAAAGUAGACAAUACCGAUUAAUUAAUAUUUUAAAUGGUUCUUAGUAAUGUCAAACUGGUCAUUAUUAUUGUUUUUUUUUUUUUUGAUACAAAUACAAAAUCAAGUUUAU